AUGCCGCGCGGCCACCACCACCCGCUCCCACGCCGCGGUCGCCUCCUCCAGCUCGCCGCGGCGGCGUCCGGGCUCCUGCUCAUCGCGCUGCUCGUCCUCCUCCCGGCCGCGCCGCCCUGGGAGCACACCACCGCGCCCGCCUCGCUCCUCCGCGCGGCCGUCGCGGCGCACCCGUCGCCGGACUCCUACGCGCGGCCCUGCGCCGACCACCUCUCCCUCUCGCUGCACCGCCUCCGCGCCGCGCUAUCCUCCCUGGAGUCCGGCGACGUCCCCGCCGCGCUCCACCUCGCCUCCGCCUCGCUCCAGUGCCAGUACGACUGCUCCCACCUCCUCUCGCUCCCGGCCUUCCGCUCCCACCCCCUCACGUCCCGCUUCCUCGAUUCCCUUGCCCCACAAACCCUAAAUGCUGCCCUGAAACCUCCCUCUUCCGCCCCUGCCGCUGCAUUCCCUGCGAGGAUCCGCCCUGACGCCACAGUGUGCAAACCGAAUUCCGGAGUGGAGCCGUGUGGCUACUCGACCGUGCAAGCCGCGGUGGAUGCAGCGCCGAACUACACUGCUGGCGCUGCUGGGCACUUUGUCAUAGCGGUUGCCGCAGGUACAUACAAGGAAAAUGUUGUGAUUCCGUAUGAGAAGACCAACAUUUUGCUGAUGGGGGAGGGUAUGGGAGCUACUGUUAUCACUGCAUCACGGAGCGUGGGGAUUGAUGGGCUGGGAACUCAUGAAACUGCGACGGUGGCUGUGAUCGGUGAUGGGUUCCGUGCGAGAGAUAUAACAUUUGAGAACAGUGCUGGUGCUGGAGCUCAUCAGGCUGUGGCAUUCCUUUCAGAUAGCGAUCGGUCAGUGCUGGAGAAUGUAGAGUUCCGUGGGCAUCAGGAUACCCUGUAUGCUCACACAAUGCGGCAGUUCUACCGCAGGUGCCAUAUUAUAGGGACAGUGGAUUUUAUAUUUGGGAAUGCCGCAGCAGUGUUUGAGGAAUGCGUGAUUAAGACUGUACCACGGGCCGAGGGAGCUCAGAAGCACGCACGAAAUGUGGUGGCGGCUAGUGGGAGGAUCGAUCCGGGGCAGACGACAGGGUUUGUGUUUGUGAAUUGCACUGUGGAUGGGAACAAAGAGUUUGUGGAAUUGUUUCGGACAAAGCCACAGUCAUACAGGCUGUAUUUGGGGCGGCCAUGGAAGGAGUAUGCCAGGACAUUGUAUGUCAGCUGUUAUUUGGGGACAGUUGUCAGGCCGGAGGGAUGGCUUCCAUGGCAAGGUGAUUUUGCUCUCAGGACACUCUAUUAUGGAGAAUUUGACAGUCGAGGCCCUGGUGCAAACCACACAGCAAGGGUUGAGUGGAGCAGCCAGACACCAGAGCAGCAUGUCAAACACUUUUCAACGGAGAACUUCAUUCAGGGCCAUCAAUGGAUUGCAUACUAA